AGCUACCACGAAAGUCACACAUGGUACUCGUCGAGUGAAAGCCACGGUUCCAGCGGCUCAAGCGGGCCCAGCAGUAGUUAUGGUGGCAGCGGGUCUCACAGUUCUGGAAGCAACCACGCGUAUGGACACGGCGGUCAUCAUAUGGUAGUGCAGGACCUCACACCCAAGGGCGGCGUCUGUCUCACUUGGGCUGGGGUACAUUACAAGACUUUCGACGGGAAAAUAUAUGGGUUUAAGUCUCAUUGCCGGCACAUUCUGUUGCGGGACACAAAAGGACACAAGUUCACUAUAGCGGUAAAACCAGGCAACUGUUCGCGACACGCCCACUGCCCCUCGGAGAUCACCAUAUACAUUGAGGAGAAGCCAUACACACUGUCUGUUCAUCCAGAAGACGGCAGCGUAGUGUUCCGUAGCUCGAAGCGCUUGAUACCCGUACCCGCGUCGCUGCCGGGCUUGCGCGUGUCCAUGCCCGCAGACUACGUGCUCGUCAAUCUGGACCAAUCACAUGUCACGCUCAAGUGGGACACCAACGACGUAAUAGUUGUGGAAAGUAGCGUGUUACUAUGGAACAACACGGAGGGUCUGUGUGGAAAUCUAAACAGCAAUCAGGACGAUGAUCUCACCAGUAAGGAACACACGCGUGCUAAAACUGCCGCCUUCAUGGCUUCCUCCUGGCAACUGAACAGGAUCGAAGAUAUUUGCGACAGUAACCCUAUGGAAUUGCACAGUUGCACCGCCCAGUCAGACGAGACCAAGAAAAAGGCUCUACAGUUUUGCACGAAAAUAUUCAGCAGAGAUAAAUUCCGAAAAUGUGCUACGGUGAUGGACGUCUCUCAGUUGUUAGAAGCUUGUCAAGGCGAUUACUGCUCUUGUGCCAGUAGCGAUGACUCUGAGGAGUGCGCUUGUAGUACAGUUUCUGUAUACGCCAAAGAAUGUAUGAGGCUCGGUAUUGCGGAGAUGAAAUAUUGGAGAGAUCCCGAGACCUGCCCUAAAACUUGUCCUGACGGCAAAUUAUACAAGGUGUGCGGGCCGGACAGUCAGCCGACCUGCUCCUUCCCGCAGCCGUCACCAGCCAAUAACGCCUCCUGCGUGGAGGGAUGCUUCUGUCCCGAGGGAUUGCUUCUUGAUAGCGGACGAUGUAUACCGAAGGAGGAAUGCCCGUGUCGGCUGAGAAACAAGAAUUUCAAACCUGGCUCUGUCGUUCGCAAGGACUGCAACUCUUGCACGUGCUCGGGCGGGGAGUGGCAGUGCACCGGCGCUAUGUGCGGCGCGCGGUGCGGCGCGGUGGGGGACCCGCACUACAGCACGUUCGACGGCCGCCGGUACGACUUCAUGGGCCGCUGCACCUACACGCUGCUGCACGCGCCCAACCUCACCGUGCAGGUCGAGAACGUCGCCUGCUCCGGGGCCAUCACUGAGGCUAUGAACUUGACCCCGUACACUGGCGAAGGGAAACCAUCCUGCACUAAAGCGGUGAACUUGAUCUACGGCCAAACCAACAUCCACCUGAAGCAAGGCGGUCUCAUCCUGGUGGACGGACGCGAGGUCACUGACCUGCCCGUCAACGUGGAAGACGUCAGAAUCCGCGCUGCCUCAUCACUCUUCGUCAUUGUGCAACUACCUAUGAAGGUAGAUUUAUGGUGGGAUGGCUUUACGAGAGUAUUCAUCGACGUGCCUGCCUCGUUUCAAGGGAAGACUAAGGGUCUAUGCGGCACGUUCAACUUGAACCAGAAAGAUGACUUCUUAACACCAGAAGGUGAUAUAGAACAAUCGACUCUCGCAUUCGCCAACAAGUGGAAGACGAGGGAGUUUUGUGCCGAUGUGGAUACGAAAGAACCGGAGCACCCCUGUAAAGCUAACAUGGAGAAUAAGGAGACCGCUGAAAAGUAUUGUAGCAAACUUAAGAGCAAACUGUUUGAAGAGUGCCACUGGUACGUGGACGUGGAGCCGUACUACGAGUCGUGUUUGUACGACAUGUGCGCGUGCGCGGGUGACGUCAGCCGCUGCCUGUGCCCGCUGCUGGGCUCCUACGCGAUGGACUGCGCCAAGGCCGGCGUGCAAGUGCAGUGGCGGUACAAUGUCAAGGAGUGCGAGCUGCAAUGUACUGGUGGACAAGAGUACACGGUGUGCGCGGACAGUUGUCUACGGACAUGUACAGACGUCGCCAUCGCCGGCACCGCUGACUGCAAGCCGUGCUGCGUGGAGGGAUGUGCGUGCCCACCCGGACAGGUUCUCGACGAUAAUAAUGCUUGUGUUCCACAAGGGUUGUGCUCUUGUAAACACAAAGGGAUGAAAUUCGACGCCGGCUAUAAGGAGCAAGAUAUAAUCUUGGUACUUAUAUAUGAGUCGCGUAAAAUUUUAAAUAAGCCUAAAACUAUUGUUACAGGACAUUGUGCAUUUGUCUUCGAUGACAAGAUGCCUUUCACAGCAGCAGAAAAGCAGCGGCGGUAUCGAGAAUGGCGUCAAAAUAAUCCUGAAAGACGGAAAGAUAAGGCGAGAUCACUACGGAUUAUUAUGCACACUCCAGAGUCUACACCACCUCGUUCAAAUAGUCCAGCCCCUAUUGCUCAAAUUAUUUCAAGAGAUCGUCGUUUGUCAACACCCCAGCUGUCUACUUCGCGAGAAAAUACUCCUAACUCAAUAGCUUCAUCGGCUGUUCGCGGCAGAAAGCAAGUAAAAAGAAACAGAUUUAAGUUAUUUAGAGAUAAUACCAAGUUAAAGGAACAAUUAGAGGCAGUGAACAAGAAAUACGAAAAAUAUAAAAAACGAUAUAACAGAGAAAAACGGAAAGCAUCUAUAAAUAAGGAUAGCAGUAGAGCAACGCAAAGAAAAAAUGCUAUAAAGAAGCGCUAUGAAAAUGUAAAAAAUCGGAAGGAAAAAUAUGCUAUUCAAAAAAUAUUUGAAGAAAAGAUUGUUAAUACCUGCGUGGGUGCUCGGUGGGAUUGCGUGCCGGCCACAGACUCAGAUAUUCAGAAUUACCCGCCGGCUGAAGAUUUACGGUCUAACUGCAGCGCCAUUAAUCACAUGGAGUUCACUACCUGCCAGCUUGCAGAACCUCUCACGUGCAAGAACAUGCACUUGCCGCCUACAUUGACGUCGACGGAAUGCCGGCCGGGCUGCCAGUGCAAGAAGGGUUACGUACUAGACGUUACUGCCAACAAAUGCGUGCUCGCCGCCCGCUGCCCGUGCCAUCAUGGCGGCCGCAGCUACCCCGACGGUCACGUCAUGACCGAGGAGUGCAAUCAGUGGUGAGACAUUUGUAUAUAACCUCGGCCAUCACGGCCCACACAGCUAUCCGAUGGUCACAUCAUGACCGAGGAGUGCAACCAGUGGUAAUACAUUUGUAUAUAACUCGGUCAGCACGG